GCAAAACGUUGUCAGUUCAAGUUGAGAUGGCGGGAAAUUUGAAGUCGGUUAUCGACUGUGUUCUUUUCUGUACACUUUUAACAGCGGUCUGCAAAGCAUACAACAGUAAUAGAACCAUCGGCACGGAAACAUGGUUUUCCGAUCAUGAAGUGGUAACUGUUUUUAUGCGCGUCAAUGAGAACUUUUUACAAAAUAAACAACCUGCGACCGAAAUUCACUUCAGUGUAACUGAUGAGAAUUUUUCCAGUAGAUCUAAUAUGAUACAAACAAUGCCCCAGUAUUUAGACAGGAAUUUACUUAUAACUGUAAAUGACAACUUUCACAUUCCAAUGUCAAAUUUCACUGAAGGUAUAAGGUUUUAUAAAGGAUUCAUGACUUCUAGACUCUGCAAUUACUCUACUCAUAUGAAAGUCACAAGUGAAGGGUUAGAUGGAAUUCUGAUCUGUGGAAAGAAGUAUUUCUAUUUAGAACCUAUUGCAAGAUAUAUACCAAAUCACAGUCAAAGCUUUCGUUAUAAUACAAAAAGGAUGGGUCUAGAUCUACAAUUUCGCUGCAUAUUUUAUAAAUCAACUGAUGUAAGGAUGAGAUUCAAUGGCUUAAAUAUUUUGUGGGAAGGACUUAUAAAUGUAACACCAUCAAAUGUUGACAGCGGUGAAACGAAAUCAAGUGGUAGAGUCAAACGUUCUGGAGAAACGCGCACCUCUUCUCAGACUGAGUGCACGCUUCACGUGGUUGCCGAUCACAUGUUUUAUCAAACCACUGGACAAUCUGACAUUCUUACGACAAUUUCAGAGAUAACAUAUAUCAUUUUACAGGCUAAUUUGAUAUUUAGAGGGACAGAUUUUGACGGAGACGAGUCAGGUGAUAAUAUUGGAUUUUACACAUCGAAAGUUUCGAUUUACACUGAGCCCGAUUCUUAUAAAAUGGCGGAUGCUGCAAGUGUUGAGUUGUAUCUAGAAAAGUUGUCUGAAUAUGAUUUUUCCGAUUAUUGUCUUGCUACUGCAUUUACCAGUCGAAAUUUCGCAAAAGGUGUUAUCGGACUGGCAUGGGUAGGAAGCUCGAGCAAGCACGGAUCAUCUGGUGGAAUCUGCCAACACCGUAUCUUAUACAAAUCAAAGAGAAUGUGUCUCAACACUAAUCUUAUAACAAACAUAAACAAUGAAAAAAGAAUACCGUCAUAUCUUGCUGCUCUGACUUUGGCGCACGAGAUGGGACAUAGUUUCGGUAGUCCACAUGAUGACAUAAAAAGUGAAGACUGUGCCCCAGCAGGGAACUAUGGAAACUAUCUGAUGUAUCCGUAUGCAUCUGAAGGGGGCAAACCAAAUAAUAACAUAUUUUCACUAUGUAGUAUUAACUAUAUGUAUCCAGUAAUCAGAAAUAAAGGUACUUGUUUGAAGGAGUCGGUGGUUUCGUUUUGUGGCAAUGGUUUUCGUGAAGCGUAUGAGGAAUGUGAUUGUGGAACAACGGCCACAUGCGCAGCUGUGGAUCCAUGCUGUACUCCGAGUGACAUUAGCUACACCGAUCCUGAUCAUCCGUGCACAUUUCGUAGGUCGCAAGGUAGUAGAUGUUCUCCCAAAUUAUCACACUGUUGCACAGAUGACUGUAAAGUAGUAACUGCCGCCGUAAACAAAGUAUGCAAAGCUAAAUCAGAAUGUACAGAACAGUCCAUAUGUGACGGCAUCUCGCGCGAAUGUCCAGCUGAAGUAACAAUACCAGACACGACACCAUGUGCUGGCGGUAGUAAAUCUUGCAAAAGUGGUGUAUGUGUUGGUAGUGCCUGUGCAACUAUCGGUCUAAAGCCUUGCACAUGUACUGAUAAGAAUGCUUGCUUCAUCUGUUGCCUAAAUAAUUUGUCAGAAUGCUUUCCGUACGAAAAUGACAAGAAUGAAAAUCUAGCACUAUCAAGUGGAACAUCUUGCAACGCAAAACAAGGAUUUUGUAAUGGAGAAGGUAAAUGUAUAUCAGUUGACGAGACUAGCACGAUGGACAGACUGAAGAAAGUUUUUACGAAUGAUGAUGCAGAUAGCGUUAAAAUCUGGUUUAAAGACCAAUGGUACUAUAUCGUUCUGGCAGCUGCUGCAUUUGCAUGUCUGAUUUUCAUCUUUGUGAGAACUUGUCGCGGCGACAGAUAUAUUCAGACAAGCGCGUACAUGUAUGGGAGAUUGGCAGGAAUUCAGCGAGAGGCUGAAAUUCAGAAAGCCUACCUACAGAGACGUAGGAAAGAAAGUAAAGAACGAUAUAUGAGAAAGAUUGACAAGACUGAAAACUUUUCUGUUGAAAUAGAUUUUCCGACUGCAGUGGCAAGAAUGAUGGUGUUUUUCCCAACUACUCCUUUAGAUGUGAUCCUUAAAACAUUAAAGUCAAGUGCUAACGAAGAGUCUGCUGUUAGAUGGCUCCUGUUGAAAAACUAUCCAUUCAGAAGGUUUUGCAAAAAUAUUACGACGAAUUAGUUAAACUGUGUUCGAGCGAGUUUUAAGUCUUUACAACUUGUUAUGAUGUACUUCAAAACUACACCAACAAUUAUAUUUUCUGUUGUUAUGUGGAAUUCAUAUAUUUUCAGUCUUAUUUAUUGAACAGAUUGUUACAUAAGUUAUAAGAAUACAGCUAUAUUCGAAUCUAGAGGAAACUAAACCAUCGAAAAAUAAGUCACAGAUAUGUUCUCUGUCGCAUUAUCAAAAGACCACAGAAUGCUACUUGUAUUAAGACUUUAGAACACGCACUGUAUUACGUUAGUUUCGUAUCAAAUUGAAUCAUGUAAAUGAUUGAAGUUACUAUGUUAAUUAAUGUUACAGUUACAUAAAAAAAUAUUAGCGGUUAACUUGUUUAAAGAUAUUUAUGUUACUAUAGGUACUGACGAAAACCGAUAACUGAUGAUAGAAUUUAACCUAUUAUUUGAUGUUUUGAUCUAAAUAUUUUGCUGGUGUUACAGUAAAUGCUCAGUUUCCACAUAGUCCAAAUUUGAAAAAAAAAAUGGAAUUAAGAAAAAUAAUGUAUGUCAUUUUUGGCAAAAAAAUGCAUAUUACAUUGGCGCUCGCAGUAAACUUGUGUAAAUGUUUUGCAUACGAGAUACCUUUCACUAUCUUUUAUGAGCACAUUUUGUCGUAAUUGAAACCUUCUCAUUACAAGACACAUAAUUAAUUUUAGAAAUUAAGAAAUUAUUUGGAUAUGAAUACAAUCACUGACAAUGUGUGCAUAAAGUAGAAAUUCUUAUGCAUGAUUUUAGAGUUUUUUGUUUUGUUUUUCUACUUAAUAUAUCUAAUAGAAAAGGUUUUGUAACGCUUAACGCAAAUGUUUAUUUCAGUGUUAAUAAAGUUAAAGUUCG